CAACGUUAACGUUGCCGCUCACACCACAGUGGGGCGGGGUGAGCUGCGCAAUCUCCAAUAUUGAAAUAUUGAUAUCUUGUGAAACACCGAGGCAUAUUUGAGGCGGUAUUCCUUAGUUCCUUGCUGGCAAAGCUCAAAUGCUCUCCGCUCCAUUCCUCGACCAAGAAAAAUCAUCUGGUGCGACGAACUAUAAGACAUCAACGUCGGUACGCCAUGGGACGCAGGACACUGGGCCCAUAGUAAUGACUACGCGCACGGAAGAUGGCAGAUUUGCUACAACAGAAGGCACACUGCACGUUUCGAAGCCAUUCCGGUCAAGAUCGACGAAGAAGCUUCGUGCAAUGAUUACAUUUGAACCCAGGAAGACGCACUUUGACACCACGAAUGAAGCAUCGGGUACCAAUGAGUUCCGGGGUUUCUUCACGCUUUUCUGGAUGUCAUUGUUUCUGUUCACAUUACAGACUUAUAUCAGUAGCGUCGAAGCUAACGGCUACGCUCUGUCGUUCGCCUUCGCGACAAUGUUUUCACGGCACGCAGUCACGUUAGCACUGAGUGACUUGCUCCUAGUUUCCAUCACGAUUUUAUGUGUUCCGUAUGCCAAGGCCAUUAGCAAGGGCUGGAUCAGCUACUAUUGGACAGGUGCCAUUAUACAACACCUAUUCCAGGCAUGUGUGCUGCUCAUCACAGUCACGUGGACAUUUCAUAGACAAUGGCCCUGGGUCCAAUCCGGCUUCCUCACUCUCCACUCAUUUGUCAUGAUUAUGAAGAUGUACUCUUACAUUUCCGUGAACGGCUACCUCCAGUCGAUUUCUAAGCGCUCGAUUGACGUUCUCGCAGAGCUCAAUGGUGCUGCAGCCCGUGUUGGAGGAUUGGAGCAGGCAUUGCGUGACGCAACGUCGAAGAGGGCGCAAGCACAGGUGGCUUCACGAUCAGCCGAGACUCCGCUCGCCGAUGACACAUCAACGCCGAUGGAAACGUGCACCCCGGACGCGGAGGGAGUAUUGAUGAAGUCGUACACGGACGUGAAGACGGCUGCUGCACUGAGGCAACGGCUUGCUGCUGUCUCCAGCAGUUCGGAUGAGAAUACGAGGUCUGAACGUGGUGCGGUUAAUGGAAGCGGGCGCGGAAGUGAUGAAAUUGAAGUUGCAUGUGUCCUUUCAUACCACCCGGAUGAGCUUGUCGCAGGUCUGGCAAAGGAAUUCCUGGACUUGGACUCGGAGCUUGUGAGUACGGGCCCGGAACGAGUGCGUUGGCCCGACAACGUCACGUACCGGAAUUUUGUGGUCUACCAACUGAUCCCGACCUUGGUAUACGAGCUCGAAUACCCAAGAACCGACAGAAUACGGCCGAUGUACAUUUUUGAAAAGACGGUUGCGUUCAUGGGUUCAUUUGCGCUGCUGUAUACAGUUGCGGAGUGUUUCAUCAUACCGCUUACCCCUACGCCAGAUCAAUCGUUCUUCCGCUCCCUCCUUGACCUUGCAUUGCCGUUCAUGAUCGCCUUUCUGCUUCUAUUUUAUAUUAUAUUUGAAUGCAUAUGUAAUGCAUUCGCUGAGCUUUCUUACUUUGCCGAUCGCCUGUUCUAUGAAGACUGGUGGAAUUCCACCUCUUGGGAGGAAUUCUCACGCAAAUGGAACAAACCGGUGCAUACUUUUCUUCUUCGGCACGUGUAUGCUUCGACACGCGCCUCGUACGGCGUAUCACGUACCACAGCGAUGUUCCUCACAUUCUUUCUCAGCGCCAUGGCGCAUGAGUUAGUCAUGGCGAUUGUAACGAAGAAGAUUCGCAUGUACCUAUUCCUGAUGCAGCUCGUCCAGAUCCCAUUGAUUUUGGUGUCCAGGGCACCAGUGAUCCAGCGCAACAAGCUCAUGGGGAAUGUGGUGUUUUGGCUGGGACUCUACGCUGGCUUCCCACUGCUUUGCGUUGCUUAUGUUGCAUAUUAAGGAUGUGAUGUAGGAGAAGGAGAUGAGUCCAUACACGAUGAGCAUCAGAUAACCAACCUGAAAAUGAUAAAGCCCAAAAUUUAUAUAAUAUUUAUUAGAAAUGUACCCUACUUGACAAAACUUUGUAUACCUGGA